GUUCUAUCGAAUCCUAAUUCAAACAUGAGCCUUGCAGCGUUUGGGCGAGGCAUGGUGCAUCAGUCAUGCGCAGCCUGCCGGAUGCUACGGAAGAGAUGUGACAGCAACUGCAUUCUCGCUCCCUACUUCCCGGGCAAGGAGGUCGAAAAGUUUGCGCUCGUGCACAAGGUGUUUGGCGCCAGCAAUGUCAUCAAGAUGAUUCGGAUGGUGGAGGAAAGCAAGAGAGAAGAUGCAGCUAAAGCAAUAGUGUACGAAGCUAUGGCGAGGCUGAGGGAUCCUGUUUAUGGCAUCACUGGGGCCAUUUUCUACUUGCAGAAGACUGUUGAGGAACUGAAGAUGCAAUUGGUAUCGACGAUAGCUCGGGUUUCGGAGUUGCAGGAACAAAGUGAUCGGCUGUUGGGGAUUCUAACCCGUAAUGCUCAUCAGCUUAAUCAUGAUCUCAUUCCCCUUGCGGACGACCUAGUCCUCCAUGGUGGCAAUAUCUUUUCCUCAGAUGACACAGUGAUGGGCUGGAAUUGGGAUCCCUUAAAUCCCUUCUAGUGCGUCACUAUUUCUUUUGAGCAGGGAAUAGAGAACGGACCGUAGCUAAACAUUUGAUUUGGAUAGCAAGUUUAAUUAAAGGGAAGCUGCCGUUAUUGGGGCUGUGCAGGUUACUUAAUUGAUUAAAAAAGUUGGGAGUUCUUUCCUUCUUUUCCCACCUUCUCUUUUCUUUUUAGACGAUGGAAAAUUAAAAAUGGAGAAAAUUAAAGAGGGAGGCAUGAGUGGGAGAACGCGUAUAAUUCCAUCUGAAUCACAAACAACCUUGUUUUCCUAUUAUGGCAUGUAUGCCUACCUUCAGGUAUGUCUUUUGUUGUAUAUGGGGGCGGUUUUUUGCUUGAAAAAAAAUAUUGGUAAAAGACAAUCACCUCCUUGAGUUUUGAUAAAAAGAUAUUUUGUCAAUUAGAGGAUCCCUUAAAUCGAUAA